AUGCGACUCAGAUUCUGGACUUCUUAUAGAAAAGGUCUUUCAAAGACUCGGGCAAAGUCUACGGAUGCUGGCACUCAGACCACCCCUCAGCUCAUUCCCGGAGCAACGCAAAUGGAGCCUAGCAUUACUUGCAGCACGAUGCAAACAAAACCACAGUUCACUCACAGAGCAACACAGACGGAUCUGGCAGAUGUCGAUGCCAUAACCACGGAUCGCAGGGUCGGGCUGAUUCUGCCCCAUGACGACAAAGUGCAGGACAGUUCGGACGACUCUCCGCCAAAGUACACUCGCCUCAACUUCCCCUUGUCGAACCAUGUGGAGCUCGACUGGCCGGCACUGUCUGAAGAAGCAAAGCGAUUGAAUGUCGUCCCAAUAUACUACAAGUUGGCGCUGACAUACCAUGGCGGAGCAAAUUCGUGGGAGGUAGCCAACGAGAUUGAAAAGGGCUGCCAGGAAAUGUCGCGGGUUGCUGCGCUCACUUGUGGUGGCCCAUUGCUGGGGCCCCAGGUUAUUUGCCAUCCCUGUUCCACAGCUAUUCAGGAUGCUCUCGCCAAAGCUACCAGAGCCGUUCGUCAACUGAGCAAUUCCGCUACCGAAGAUUGCGCAAACAAGCUUUUUGUUAUUUCGGCUGAAGUCGCCGGCGGAUGGAGGUUGGCUUCUCGACGUGAUAUCAUGACCCUAUUCCAGAAGGGAAGUAGGGCGCGAUGA